AUGGCGUCCGACUCCGAGUCCAGCGACGUCGCUCCGGACGACCAGCACGAGCACCUGCGCCCCGAGGGCACCGAGCCCCUGGCGCGCAUCACGGUGGACUACACCCCGGACGCCUGCCGCCACGCGCCGGCGUCGGGCGAGAUCCACGUCACGUACGACCACCGCGGCGGGGCGCGCUGGCGGUUCCGCGCCCGCUUCCUCCCGGGCGGCGCCGUGGCCGCAGCGGUCCGCGCCCCGGCCGGGGACACCGCGGGGCUCAACUACAACCUCUACCUCUCCUCCCUCGAGGGCUCCGGCGACAUGGACGAGAUCGACUUCGAGUUCCUCGGCAACGACAAGCGCGCCGUGCAGACCAACUUCUUCGUCGCCGGAUGCGGCGGCAGGGAGGCCGUCCACGAGCUCCCCUUCGACUCCUCCGACGGGUUCCACCACUACGCCGUCGCCUGGGGCGCCGAGGCCAUCGAGUGGCGCGUCGACGGGGAGGUGAUCCGGAGGGAGGAGCGGCGCGACGGGGAGCCCUGGCCGGAGAAGCCCAUGUACCUGUACGCCUCCUUGUGGGACGCGAGCGACGUCGACGAGGGGAGGUGGACCGGCACGUACCACGGCCGGGACGCGCCCUACGUCACUAGUAGAAAAAGGGUCAAACGUGAAGCACAUUAGUGCCGGUUUGUAUUUGAGCCGGCACAAAUGUAUACAUUAGUGCCGGUUCCAACGGCUAGCCGGGCCGCUCUCA